CGUCCACCACUACUAAAAAGAAGAGGGUGGAAGAAGCCCAAGCAGUUAGAAAUGGGGAGGUCUCCUGGCUGCGACGAGAGCGGCCUCCUCAAGAAGGGCCCAUGGACGCCCGAGGAGGACGAGAAACUUCUCGAGUUCAUCCAGAAAAACGGCCAUGGCAGCUGGAGGAACCUCCCGAGGCUUGCUGGGCUGAACAGAUGUGGCAAGAGCUGCCGGCUGAGGUGGACCAACUACCUGAGGCCGGACAUCAAGAGGGGCAAGUUCUCCCAGGACGAAGAGCAAACCAUCCUCCACCUCCACUCCUUCCUCGGCAACAAGUGGUCGGCGAUCGCUACGCACCUGCCGGGGCGGACGGACAACGAGAUCAAGAACUUCUGGAACACGCACCUCAAGAAGCGGCUCAUCCAGAUGGGCUUCGACCCCAUGACGCACCGCCCGCGGACCGACUUCUUCGACGCGCUGCCGCAGCUCGUCGCGCUCGCGGCGCUCCGGGGCCAGCUCGGCGGCGCCUCCGCCGUAGACCCCUCCGUGACGGCGCAGAUGCAGGGCGCCAGCGCCGAUAUGGCGCCCAUCCUGCAGGCCGCCAAGCUCCAGUACCUGCAGUGCCUCCUCCAGUCCGCGGCCACCACAAUCGCAUCGGCCUCGGCGGGCUCCAGUGCCGUCUCGGCGUCCGACGUCGAAGCGGCUCCUGUUGGCGCCGCCGCAUGCUCGCCGCAGGGGACGACGUUGGCCGGUGCUUCUACUGCUGCUGCCUCAGCGUCAACGGCCGGCGAUCACCAGAUGUCGUACACGUUUUCCGAGGCGCCUGUCACCGUCAGCGACGACCUCCUCCUCGGCUGUGGCGCCGCCGGUGACUACGAUAAUUAUUGCCACGGUGGCUCGCUGCCUCCUCUCGCCGAUCUCUCUGACGCCGCGGACGGCCGGUGCAGUGCGACGGCCUCGUCCAGCUUCGGUGGCGGCGUGAGCAGCCCCCUCCCCUGGCCGGAGUUCUUCCCCGACGAGGAUCCCUUCAUCACUGAUUUCCUCUGACUUCGUAACAUAACAUACUCGAUCUAUAUAUGCGCAUCCAUAAGCACACGCUUUUAUUCGUCUCAUCCGUCGACUUGUGAAUUACCCAAUAUGUUCGUACACAUACAUGCAUGCUGCAUGCAUGGAGGCAUGGCCUACGUUUCAAAAAUCGCUGUGAUGCAGCUUUUUCGAA